CAAGUGCGAUAUCGAUAUAUACAGCUUUCUCGUAGAAAACACAUUCCGCCUUUCCCAGUUGUAUCGCAUAGGAAGGACACCGUCCAUCCAGACAGUGAAAGGAAACGGGCAAGAAUCAUUCGAAAAAACCCACGCUGGCGUGGGAAGAGAAGCUCUGGAUUGCGAAGACGCCAGCUACGAGAAGUAGCAUCAAAACCAUUUUUUCUGAAGUGCAUUCUGAUUUUAGCUUUGUUGCGGCAGAAGAGACCGUUAGAGUAUAUUAUCCCACAGUCCCCGGUAUCUUUUUAAACAUUGGAAAUAUGUCCUCUAAGCAGGAGCAAUCUAACCGUCGUUUGCAAAUUCCGCCGACCUUUACGUCUCCACCUUCUGGACUUGCCUUGCUUCAUACGCCGCAAGCCUUUCGCAGCGAUGCUGCGAUUGAUGAGAUGAGAAGUGCCGCCUUAGCUGGCAUGUGCUCGUCAGGUGAUGGGAGUGAUGGCAGUUGCCUCUCACCUUACCGUAAUUUUUGUCAUAUUCCGUUUGUGCCCGACGCUAAUCGCUUCGGAAAAAGCCCGAUAGGCGUCGUGUUCUAUGGCGGAGGUCUCGUGGAUCCUCGUGCGUAUUCCCCUUUGGCUGCCACCCUUACGGAGCGCUACGGUCUUCCUGUAGUCAUUCCAGUGUUUGGAAACGACAUGGCGUUCAACGCCUCCUCCUGUCUUUCCGGACGACUCUCAAUGGCGCAGGCCGACUUUGACGGUGUAGAAAAGUGGGUCCUGGUUGGUCAUAGCUUCGGCGGUGUAGCGGCCUCGGUAGAUCUGUGGCUCUCUUUACAAGGCAAGGGUGAUGUUGAUAUUGACAGUAUCGCUGGACUGGUUAUGCUGGCAGCCGAUGUUCAACCCACAACAGGGUGCGGCCCGAUCGACUUUUCCCGUACUACAAUUCCGAUGGCGUCCGUGUUGGCUUCCGAGGAUCGUGUGCUCAACUUCACACGUUUCAAUAUCAAUCGCGGCAAUUUUCCAGCGAACGACACCUUUUACCUCAACAUUCUGGGCGGCAACCACGGUGGAUUCGGGGAUUACGACGAUACAGAGUUUGCGGCUCUUUUUAAUCAGAACGACGGCAUUGCCACGAUUCCCAAAGCCGUACAAUGGGACAUUUCAACCGCCGCGAUUUAUCACGUUGCUUCCCGUGCAGGUUUAAUAUUGCCGACGGCCUCCAUGCCAAAAGAGACCACGCCUUCUUAUGGCCCAGAAGUUCACAUUCAGUUUUUGUGCAUUGCUAUCUUUCUGAUCUUGGCUUUUAUGUGUUGA